UCCCUGUGCCGCACCCCGAGCCCCUAGCAGAUGCGCUCGCUGCCUCCGGCCGGGGCUCCGGGCUAGAUGACGGUGGACAGCAUCAUGAGCAGUGGGUACUGUAGCCUGGAGGAGGAACUGGAGGACUGCUUCUUCACCGCCAAGACCACCUUCUUCAGGAAUGUGCAGAGCAAACGUCCUUCGAAGAAUGACUGUAAGCCUCCUGAGGAGCCUCCACGCCCGCCCACUCUACAGGAGAUCAAGCAGAAGAUUGAGAGCUACAACGCCCGGGAGAAGGACUGCCUGGGCAUGAAGCUGAGCGAGGACGGCAGCUACACGGGCUUCAUCAAGGUGCACCUGAAGCUGCGGAGGCCGGUCACGGUGCCCGCCGGGAUCCGGCCCCAGUCCAUCUACGACGCCAUCAAGGACGUGGACCCCGCGGCCACCACGGACAAGCGCACGUCCUUCUACCUGCCGCUCGACGCCGUCAAGCAGCUGCACAUCAGCAGCUCCACCACGGUCAGCGAGGUCAUCCAAGGGCUGCUCAAGAAGUUCAUGGUCGUGGACAAUCCCCAGAAGUUCGCGCUCUUUAAACGGAUGCACAAGGAUGGGCAGGUGCUGUUCCAGAAACUCUCCAUCGCUGACUGCCCCCUCUACCUGCGCUUACUUGCCGGGCCUGACACGGACGUCCUCAGCUUCGUGCUGAAGGAGAACGAAACUGGAGAGGUGGAGUGGGACGCCUUCUCCAUCCCUGAGCUCCAGAACUUCCUAACGAUCCUGGAGAAAGAGGAGCAGGACAAAGUCCAACAAGUGCAGAAGAAGUACAACAAGUUUAGGCAGAAACUGGAGGAAGCCUUAAGAAAAUCCCAGGGCAAACCUGCCUAGCCAGUCCGGCCUCUCCUUCUCCUGAAAGCCCGCGGAUUUAAUUUUUAUUAUUAAUUAUUAUUUUGCAACAGACACUUUCUCAGGACACGUCUGGUGGGUGCAUCUGUGCCCGCCCAUCAGCUCCGGAUGUGGCAUGACGCCUCUGGCGGCCGCAUGUGCAUGCAGGCAUGGGGCCUGCCCGCUGCCAUCUGUGCCUCUGCACACCGCCCCAGAGCAGCGCGCGCGCGCGUAAGACCGGCCGCCUCGUCUCGCCAUCUGCAAGCCUUCCGCAGACCAAAUAGCUGCCUCUCCCUACACCAGCUGGCAAAGGAAAGAAAAGGGGUUUAGAGACAUGUGUUCUUUCUCUGGCCUUUAGUCUUCUUCAAUUUGUUUCUUAUUUGCCAUCCACAGUUCCUUUAUUUAUGAGUCCAGAACUGUAGCAUAUUCCUUUAGCAGGUCUGAGCUAAGCCCCUGAAACAGGACAAUGCUCAUAGAAUUGUCCCGGGACUUCCCUUGUGAUCCAGUGGCUAAGACUCCGAGCUCCCAAUGCACAGGGCCCAGGUUCGAUCCCCAGUCGGGGAACUAGAUCCCACAUGCCUCAACUAAAACAUCCCGCGUGCUACAACUAAGACCCUGUGCAGUCAAAUAAAUAAAUAUUUUUUUAAAAAAAGAAUUUUCCCCCACCAUCCUCAGGUGCCCGUUGCUCACAGGUAAGGGAUGGUCAUAAAGCUUCUGGCCCCAGAGGCUCAGGUCAGAAGCACCAAAGCUGAGGCUGCCUGAGCAAUUUCCAGAGAAGCUGCAGCUGCCCUGGCCCUGAUGGCCCAAGAGUCUGUACACGUGUAAACCCAAAGGCAUUUAUAUCUGUGUGUGUGUGGUCUUCAGCCACAUCUUCCUCAACUCUGUUUUUAAGUUGCAAUUUUGACUUUAAUGUUGCCCUCAUCCUCACCGUUUCCACUAAGGGGAAACCAGCCAUUUAACUAUUUUUAAAGUCUCCUGCUGAGUGCGCAAUUCAGACAGUCGAAGCCAAAACGUGUUGCAGGUAAACGAGUCCAGGCUGUCUUCAGGCCUCCCCAACUAGUGGCCACGGGCCUGGCUGCCUCGGUUCCCCUUCGGCCUCCAGGACCGCCUCCCCCCUCCCUCUGGACUCUGGGAUCUCCAGGUGCUGCCGGAGGAGCUGCCUUGAUUACGGAGGGGGGCCCCCCCAACUCAGCCGACUUGGGACUCCUUCGUGGUCUGAAGCACUGUCCACCGUGGGGCUGGCCUCCUGCUGACCUCGUGCCUUUUUGUUUUCAGAGAGGGUCAGGAACCCCGGCCUUUGCUUGAGGCUCUGCUGCUGGCUUGCUCCUGCCAGGAAGUGGAGCACGGCUGUGUGAGAGACAAGGACAGGGGAGCCUGCCCCCCAAGCAUGGGGUGAGGGUCUCAGAGCUUCUGCGCGUCUAAGGUCCUGGGCCCUGACUUCUUAGAAGUGAGGUCAAACCGCCUGGACAGGGCGGAUCAGAUUCACCCUGUCGGAUUCCCGACGUCUGCAUCUGUACUGGCUCCUUGCUUAGGGUCAAACUUAAAACCAGCCAAGCAAUUCAAGCCAGGAACCAGGACUGCAGAGACACUCCAGGGCAGAGGGAGGACUUGAACUUUCAAAGCGGGGCCGGUUUUCCAAUCCUGCCUCUAAGAGACCCAUGUCUUCGCUGUUCUCUGCCUUCCCAAGUCCUUGGGUCAGUUCAAGCCCAUGCUUUGUGUAGCCGCACAAGUUCCCUCCCUGAGUCCACCUCACCCCUGAUCCUAGAAGGAAUGCAGAACCUUCAUCAUGCAAACUUCUUGGUCUUCAGAGCUGCAAAAACAGGAUGAGCUAAGCAGCUCAAAAAGAUGUUUUCCAUCAUAAAAACCCCCAUUAUCUGCCAUCUCCUGCUCAGCCUUAUCACUUCCCUCCCUUAAAAUCCCCUCCCUGCUGCAGGCGGGCGCAGCGCCCUCUCCUCCACGCUGCAUGUCUGUAAUACGACAGAAGGCACGCUGCUGCAACCGCUGUGAAUGCUGCUGAGACCCCCCUCGGAAGGGGUGGCCGUUUUAUUUUUGAGAAGAUAAAGAAGUCCUGUACAUAUAUACAUAAAGGCAUAUAGCUAUAUAUAAAGAUAUGGGGUGUUUAUGAAAUAAGAAAACUGGGAAAAUUCAGACCUUAUCGAAAGCACAGUUAGACCAGGGACCCGGGCUGGGGUCCGAGCCUCGGAAACAGCAGUGAGUAGUGAGUGCCCCUUCCUGCCCAGGGCGGGUGUGACUGCUGGAGUGCCUUCUGCCGUUGUGUUGUCCAAUGUGUGUUCUGAGGCUUUCUUUUGAAAUGUCUUUCUUAUAUGGGUUUUAAAAAAAAGUAAUAAAAGCUUGUUGCAAAAACGA